AUGUCGAGAAUGGAUAACAACUCUUGGUCUGACCCAGGAACUUCGAGCGUGAAUGGUCUCUUCUCGUUGAUCAAUCACUCAUGCGAGCCAAAUUCGCAGUGGAAGUCUGAGGGCUCUCACCUCACCCUAAGAGUCACAGCUUCUCGCGACAUCAUCAAAGGGGAGCAGAUCUUCAUCGAGUACGACCAAUUCAUGAGCACCUCUCCGUAA